AGACACAGCUUCCGGACGCCGGAGCGCCCUCCAUAAAUCCCCCUUUCGUACUUAUCCUCGCCUCGCCUCACCAGGGUGGGAACAGUAGGAGGAGGAGGUGCAGAGCGCAUGCUCCCUCAAAACUGGUGGCUCUGAGGAUUUUAACUGGGACUCCGACAGCCGGGAGGAUAGUACGCAGGCUACUUGCGUUAAGGCUCCGCCCAAUAGGAGCUUGCUUUUGGGUUGUGGUCCCACCCCCAGCCCAUUUUCCACUUCCGCUUCCGGCGUUGAGGCUGUCCAGGUCGAUAAUGGCGUCGGCGGCGGCUGUGUUCCGGCUCUCUGGGCUGCUAGGUCGGUCCGGAGCACCCCUGGGGCGGUCCAUGUCGAGCGGCGCCCACGGCGAGGAGGGCUCAGCUCGCAUGUGGAAGGCCCUCACCUACUUCGUAGCGCUCCCUGGCGUGGGAGUGAGCAUGCUGAACGUCUUCCUGAAGUCGCAUCACGGAGAGCACGAGAGACCUGAGUUCAUCGCCUACCCCCAUCUCCGCAUCAGGUCCAAGCCCUUUCCCUGGGGAGAUGGUAAUCAUACUCUAUUCCAUAACUCUCACGUGAAUCCACUUCCAACUGGCUAUGAAGAUGAAUAAACAGAACCUGGACCACCACCCAGUGGGGACCACAGGACUGGUUUGGACCAUGACUGCACACGGACCAGAAAAGUAUAUGGGACCUUAAGCUUACCUUCCUUACUUUGAUGACCAGUAUACUGAUCCUCCAUCCUUUUGCUUAUGGCAGGAGAUGGCUUAAAUAAAUAACUUAGAUUGGUCCAUGA